AUGGCGGCGCUCGCCAGGCGAUCAUGCCUUCAGUUUUUGCUACAUCUGGCUCAAGAUAAUUUAGAUUUUAGAUUACCGGAGAUUAAAAGCCUGCUCGCUCUCCUCGGAAAAUCAUUUUCUCCAACUUUGAACUUUCAAGAAAAGGCUCCUUUUUGGUGUUUGGAUGGGUUGUCUGAAGACGAUAUUAAACAUGUCAUGGCUAGAUCCGUUUGUGCAAAAUCUGCGUUUGAACUCUGGGGCCAUGGGAAAACACACAGUGAGCUUAAAACCUCCCUUUUAAACUACCCAGCAGAGAAUAUGAGUCCAUUCAUGCAGAAAGACUCCACCUACAGAAUCAAUGUGUACACCUUCAACAAAACCCUGGAGUUUUCAGAGAGAAUAAAACGCAUUGAUGACAUGGAGUAUCUUCCAUUUGAGGGAACAGUCAAUCUUAAGAACCCACAGCAUGUUUUCUGCCUGCUUGAAGAUUACGGCACAGAUCCCAACAACAUUCCCGAACAUCCAGACCAUGUGUACUUUGGUCGCUGGAUUGCGGAUGGACAACGAGAGCUGAUUCGGUCCCACAGUGUGAAGAGCAGACACUUCAUAGGAAACACUAGUAUGGAUGCAGGCCUUUCUUUUAUCAUGGCUAAUCAUGCAAAAGUAAAACGAAACGACGUUGUAUUUGACCCAUUUGUUGGUACAGGAAGCCUUUUGGUUGCUUGCUCACAGUUUGGAGCCUAUGUAUGUGGGACAGACAUUGAUUACAAUAUCAUUCACGGCAGAGGUCGGUCAAGUCGGAAAAAUCAAAAGUGGAGAGGGCCGGAUGAGAACAUCAGAGCAAACCUGCGUCAGUACGGUACAGAGAGGCUGUAUUUAGAUAUCAUGGUGUCUGACGCAUCAAAGGCCGUGUGGAGGAAAGCCCCUCUGUUUGACGUCAUCAUUACAGAUCCUCCAUAUGGCAUCCGGGAGUCAACUCGAAGAACAGGCUCACACAAAGAUGCCUAUAAGCCUUGGGAUAGCGCGUUCGCAGAGUCACAUGUCCCUGUGUCUCAGGCGUAUCAUCUCAGUGACAUCUUUAAAGACCUGUUGAACCUCUCUGCGCAUCACCUGGUCCUGGGGGGGAGACUGGUGUACUGGCUGCCCAUCUACAGACCAGAUUAUUCCGAGGAGAUCGUUCCUCUUCAUCCGUGCUUGCAGCUGCUCAGUAACUGUGAGCAGGUUCUGUCCAGUCACACGUCACGCCGCCUCAUCACCAUGGAGAAGAUCAAAGAGCCAGAGGAAAUGGACAACCAGGCCCACCAGCUGGACUCACGCUUCAGUCCGUAUGAAGGACACAACGCCUUCAGGGAGAAGUAUUUCAGUGGGGUAAACAAACGAUGCAUCAAAGAGGACUCUCAAGCUGAAGUCAAUGGACAAUAA